GAGAGGGCGGAGCUGGACGAUGAGGAGGAGGCCGAGCAGGAGGAAGAGCRGGAGGAGCAAGAGGAGAGGGAGGUUGAGGAGGAGGAUCCUCCAGCUGACCUGGUGCCAGAGCCCACCUCCGUGUCUGAGUACCAGAGUCCAGUCCAUGAGCCGCCCCGCCGAGCCAUGGUGCACCCCUCGGCCCAGGCACCACUACCCAAAGACUACGCGUUCACCUUCUUCGACCCAAAUGACCCGGCCUGUCAGGAGAUCCUCAUGGACCCUCGGACCACCGUCCCUGAGCUGUUCGCCAUUGUCCGUCAGUGGGUUCCUCAGGUGCAGCACAAGAUUGACGUCAUUGGAAACGAGAUCCUGAAGCGUGGUUGUCACGUGAACGAUCGUGACGGUUUGACUGACAUGACGCUGCUUCACUACAGCUGCAAGGCCGGAGCUCACGGAGUGGGCGACCCGGCGGCGGCGCUGCGACUCACCAGUCAGCUGAUCUCUCUGGGCGCCGACGUGAGUCUGAGGAGCCGAUGGACCAACAUGAACGCCCUGCACUACGCCGCCUACUUUGAUGUCCCAGAACUGAUCCGAGUCCUGCUGAAAGCAGCGAAACCCAGAGUGUUGAACUCCACCUGCAGCGACUUCCACUAUGGUACCGCCCUCCACAUCGCUGCAUCCAACCUCUGCCUGAACGCAGUCAAGUGUCUGCUGGAGCACGGAGCCAACCCAACCGUCCGGAACGAUAAAGGCCAGGUCCCGGCAGAGGUGGUCCCCGACCCGAUGGACAUGAGCCUGGACAAAACGGAGGCGGCCAUGGUGGCCAAAGACCUGAAGCAGCUGCUGCUGGAUGCCGUCCCCCUCAGCUGCAACCUUCCAAAGGCCACGCUGCCCAACUACGACAACAUCCCAGGAAACCUGAUGCUGUCCGCUCUGGGCCUGAAGCUGGGAGACCGCAUUGUUCUGGACGACAUGAAGACUGGAACUCUGAGGUUCUGUGGAACCACAGAGUUUGCCAGCGGUCAGUGGGUCGGGGUGGAGCUGGAUGAACCCGAGGGAAAGAACGACGGCAGCGUGGGUGGAGUCCGUUACUUCAUCUGCCCUCCCAAACUCGGGAUCUUUGCUCCUGUUUCAAAGAUAUCCAAGGUUGUGGAUCAGACUCCGUCGUCCGUCACCUCCACCCCCCGGACCCCCCGCUUGGAUCUGGCAUCCCGCCUGGCUGGAAAGACCAAGAAGGCCAAGGAGAAAAAGGAGAAAGAGAGGGAGAAAGCCCAGAGGAAGAAGUCCUCAGCCAAUCUGGAUCCAGACGGGACAAACGUGGAGGUUGGAGACCAGGUCCUAGUGGCCGGUCAGAAAAAUGGCAUUGUUCGCUUCUUUGGAAAAACGGACUUUGCUCCAGGGUACUGGUUCGGUAUCGAGCUGGAUCAGCCCACCGGGAAACACGAUGGCUCGGUGUUUGGGGUCCGAUACUUCAGCUGUCUGCCCAAAUAUGGAGUGUUUGCUCCGCCCUCCCGCGUUCAGAGAACCGGAGGACCUAAAGAAGGAUAUCAGAGUGAUACCUGCAUGGUGAAGAAGGUCCACCAGGUCUCCAUGUCACAACCCAAGAGAAACUUCAACACGAUGCGAUCUCCUAAAGACCUGACCUCUGAGAGCUCCAUAUCCAGCUCCAGAUUGACCUUCAGGAAAAUCAGAUUAAACAGAGGGGGGGAGAGUUGGAGGUAGGACCCACAAGUUGACGUAAACACCAGGAGAAAUUUGAUCCACCGCCUUCACAUCGGGGGGG